AUGGCAAAUGGAAAUCUUCGGACCUACUUGGAAACCAAUCAGCCGCCUCAACAACUCCAACUCUCUUGGUUUCGUGAAAUGGCUCGCACACUCGAAUAUAUCCACGACCAACGUGUGCUUGUGGCAGAUAUUGCCAGUCGAAACUUCCUUCUCGAUUCAGAUAUGACAAUCAAAUUCUGCGAUUUCUCCGAAGCAUCUCUUCUACCCUUGGAUACCGAUAUAGACACUGUUGAUGAUAACGGAUACACGACUCGAAUAGACCUCGGCUUUCUUGGGGCAGUUAUCUAUGAAGUUGUGACUGGUCAGAAAUGCGAAAUCGAUCUUUUCAAAGACAACCCUCCAACUGAUGGUCGAGCGACCUGGCCGCGGAGAGAGUUCCUUCCCAGCACUGAAAAUGUUUGGCUUGGCUCAAUCAUUGAAGACUGCUGGGUGGACGGAGGGUUUCCAAACGCUCGUAGCCUGCUACGAGCACUGGAUUCAAUCGCCUUACAUUCGCCAGCCCGUGAGUCUCUAAACACAAGACUUUCUUCCAUGGAAGGUUUUCGUUUUAUUCAAAAGUUGGUCGAUGAGCGGCCAAUGGUGACGUUGGCAGUCAUCCUCGGUUCCCUGGGCACGCUCGCCUUGUAUAUUAACAGAAAAAAGCUGUGA